AUGAAGGCCGCCAGCAUGCCCUACAACAGCGACGAGAUCAGCCACGCCAACGAAGAAGUGGCGACGAAGGCGGCGUCGAAGGAAAUCAUCGGGAAGCUGGUGGAGGCGACGCAGACGUUCGACCUGGAGGCGAUGGCCUACGGCAUCCAGCAGGCCAUCGCCAUGCAGCUGAGCGACGCGCCCGAGGUGGUCGAAGCCGAGAAGCUCCUCAAGCAGGCCACCACCGCCAAGCUCGCCCUCCAGAGUGCACUCGAAUCGUCGGUCUUGGACGAUCUCGAGCUCGCGGUGGCGCUCGCCCGCCCCUUCGCCUUCCUGGCCGAGGACGUUGCGCGGGCCGAAGCCCUGGGCAAGUCCAUCUACGAAAACGACAUGGAUGCUCGCGUGGCCCUGUUCUUCAUGGAGAGGCCGAUGCUGGACGCCGUCUACGACAAGGCGCACGCCACCAAACUAGAGAGCAACCUCAUCAAGGAGAUCCGAGAUGCCCUGAGCCUCGACCCGACCAAGUUCAUCCAGCUGCAGCUC